AUGAUACGCCAGAGCGGCCGCUUGAUUCAGCACAUUCCCCAGUCUAUUCCCAGCAGGCUGGGGCGCAGCAGUGCGCGACAAGUAUUGUGCAGGCCCCGGUUUUCUACCCAGGCAUCUCGACGACAAGCCGGUACGUUACUUGAGUCCCUGCUCAAGAAGAUGGGCGAAAGUGCUGCCACUACUUUUGCUUCCAUCUUCGUCCUCGCCAUCGGAUUUGCUGCUGCCGGUUACAUUUACCACAAGAGCUACAAGAUGAUUGUCUUGAAAAAAUUGACUCGCGCCUUUGAGCCGGGUGACCCCGUCCUUGACUUGGCUACAACUGCCAAAGAAGUGCCUCGGAAAAUAGUCGAGGAAGAGCAUUGGGUUCAGCGCCCAGAACAGGAGUAUGUUGACGCAAUCAUUGAUGGCAGAGAGUCUGGCCAUUACUAUCUUUUUAUGGGGGAGAAAGGGACAGGCAAAAGUAGCAUGCUCAUCGAAGCCAUGCGAAAGACUGACGGAGAUGGCGUGGCCAUGUUCGAAGCUCAUGCCGAUACUGAAAUCGUCAGAAUCCGUCUAGGCAAAGCACUUGAUUACGAGUUUCAUGAAGACUAUAUUGGAGGAUACUUCAGCGAGAGAGGUCCGCGAGAGACCACUGCUCUUCUUGAUAUUGAACGCGCCUUGAACAAGAUGGAAAAGGUGGCUAUGAAGCUCCGGAACAAAAGGGGGAAGCCUCUCGUCCUCAUUGUAAACCAGCUGCAUCUCCUGCGGAACAAUGAGGAAGGCAGAGACCUGAUCGAGCUUUUCCAGCAACGCGCUGAGCAGUGGGCCGCGGCGAAUCUGGUCACCAUGAUAUUCAAUACUGAUGACUACUGGGUGUACGAGCGGUUGAAGCUUCUGGCCACGCGCAUGGAUGUUCUUGCCGUUACCGAUCUGCCCAAGUCACAAGCCAUCAAUGCCCUGAGAAAAUAUCGUAUGCGAUACUUCAAAGAAAUUCCAAGCCACCAAGAGCUCGAGGAUGUGUAUGAUCGGAUUGGAGGCCGCUUGAGCUUCCUAAAUCGCGUGGCAAAGAGCAAAGAUAUGCUCAACACAUGCGAAAAAAUUAAAGAGACUGAAAAGAAAUGGUUCCUUAACCAAUGCUGGAUCCUCGGCUCAGAGAUGGAUGAUGAUGUGAUGGAUCAACAGAAAUGGGCCGCCGCCGCCAUGGUUCUCGCUCUAGCUCUGGUCGAUAAAGAGGCAGAGAUGGAUAAUACGUAUGAUCCGGUUGUGGGUCACUUACUGCCAACUUUUCCUUUUCACAUAGCACAAGAGCUCAUGACUCGAGCGGAUUUCAUCCGAGAUCUCGAUAGCUUGAAUCUUUUUACUGUUACUAGCCAGGCGGACGUUCGUGCGAGUAGCGUUCCGAUGCAUCUCGCAUUCAAGGAAAUCUGCAGUGAACCUCGGUUCCGAAAGCAUCUCGAAGAUACAAUUCAGAGGAUUUCUGAUAUUGAGAGCUUGGGUCGUACUAGAGAGCUGGUUGCCAAGGAUCUGGUCCUUGGUGGUGAAUACGAUAUUGAGACGAGCCGCAAGGGCAUCACGCGACGCAGCAAUUAUAAACUCAUGGAUAGAACGAAACAGAUGUUAAUAGCACGGCGAAGCUUCGUCUUCUCCCCCCCAUCCACUACUGGACUGAUGCCUGCCAACGCCAGAUGGCCCGAUUUCCAAUUGGCUUCAAGAUUGCGGUAUUUCAUGGGCUCGAGCGCUCCCGAGUCGACUCCCUCGCAAAUCACAUCAUCGCCGCAGCUUAACGAAACAAGACGCGAGGAGUCUCCAUCCGCCCAGGAUAACGACCAAGAGGCGGAAAGCCACACGCGCUCUGCCGCAAUGGCUGAGAUCGAUAACGAGCCCAUCGAGGAGAUGGGAGACGUCGACGAUUACGAACACGAAGGCGAUGAUACUGGCGUCGAUGUUGAUUUUGGCGACCUGGAAAUGUUUGACAGUAACGCGUCUCAGCUUCCUUUCUUAUCGCAAGAGCCUCAAUCUUUGAAAACCGAAGAGCCUGUGUUUCCUACGCCUAGCGAAAGUACGAAACGCGAUAAAACUAAAAAGAAGAAGAAGAAGAAGUCCCCACUACAAACUGACGAAAUUGCUGGCGAUAAACCAGCUGAAGCGGACCUCGAUGUACCGCGCGCUACUCUUGCCUCUGAGGAGUCCAUACGGGGGCCUGAUACUGUCGAGGAUGCAACCACAGAUAUGGAUGCAUUGGAUUUGACACCGAUUCCAUCAACGCAAAAGAAAAAGAAGAGAAAGACAACUGAAUCUGCGGACGGCAAGCGACAUAAGAAAAGAAAAGGUCUUGAGGAUGGCGACACAAAUACGAUUCAGCAGACACAAGACGAGACUGAAAAUCCGGAUACCAGAGAUGCUGCCACUAGCUUUUUAUACUCAGAUAAGAAUGCUUCCAGCCAACUCCUGGGUGUUGCCGCCGAGGAUGGUCAGAUGUCGCCUAGCAUUGCUCUUGCUCGUCGACGGAGCCAGACGGGAGAAGAAGCUCGCUCAAGAGAAAAUAGUGUACCUAGAGCCCAAGUUGCUCCCAUGGCCCCCAUGGCAAUUGAUACUUCCGCGCAAGAACCUGCGCCUGAAGAAGCUUCAAGGAGCCAAGAGGUGACGACCGAAAACCAUAGAGAUGACCGUGACGUUGAAGACCUUGCGCGAGAAGCAUGGAGAGAACACGUCAACAGUCAAAGUGGAAAUGCUACUGCCGCGAACAAGAUAGAGCCUGCUUCUCAAGAUUCUGCCGAAGCAGAGGAACAACCAGACGCAACACCGCGAAGGCGAUCUGCGAGAACGAAGAAGCCGAAGCCCACCUUGCCUGCACAAGCUCUAGAAUCAACCGAGACCCCUGCCAAGAAGAGUCGCCGAAUCCUUGAAGAACUGCCGUCUCCCUCUGCCAAUACUCCAAAGCCAAGAGCACGAGCUAAGAGGGCUACACAGAAACCGCGACAACCAACGGAACAGACUUCAGAGGACGAUUUUGAAAACGCGGAAUCUGAGAAACCUGCCAGGAGGGCAACCAAUCUGGAAGGCUAUACACAAGGGCGAUUUACGGAUGCUGAAUUUGAUGGCAUUAACCGGGCUAUUGAAGCCUUCCGAAACGAGUAUGGACUGACACAAGUUCAAAUCAAUGAGAUGAUACAGGCUCCGGGGGGCACAACUGCUGGUAGUGACCAUGCGCGCCUUUGGUAUCGUCUCUUUGAGGCAUGUCCUGAUCGUAAGAGACAAAAAGUUAUCAAUGUCGCUCGUAAAAAAUUCCAUAAUUUUGUAGCACGAGGAAAAUGGACGCCAGAACAGGAUGCAGAGCUCUCUGCUCUUAUCAAUGUGAACGGAACUGCCUGGUCUAAGAUCGCUGCCAUCAUUAACCGCCAUCCCGAAGAUGUCAGAGACCGGUAUCGCAACUACAUUGUUUGCGGUUCGAACCAGCGCAGAGACGUAUGGAACGAAGAUGAAGAAGCACGCCUCACUGAGUAUGUCAAGGAAGCAAUGGAGGUCAUUGACGAGCUACGAAGGGAUUCCCCCCAAACUGCUCUACUGCGCAAAUCCUACGAGGAAUUAAUCGACUGGCAAAAUAUUAGCGAGAAGAUGGAGCGGACACGAAGUCGCCUGCAAUGCAUUACAAAGUGGAAAUCCAUGCAGAAUCGCAUAUCCGGGAAAAAGAAGGAGAGGAAGAAUCCCGAGGCAAAGAAACAAAGCCAUGUCCAGCCUGAAGUAGUGAUUUCAGAUGAAGAUAUCUCUUCUCAGCUUGACCAGGCUCGGCAACAGAUGAUGAGCAUGCGCGAAGAAGAUCAAUAUCGUUUGGUUUUGGCCAUCCAGGGAGCCUCCGUUUUAUCGGACGACCAAAUUCCCUGGGCAAAGCUCCUCGAUAAAAAGUUUCGCAAUCAAUGGAGCCGUGGCACCCAAAUACUGCUAUGGGAUCGCCUGAAGCAGACUGUUCCAGAUUGGGAAGCAAUAUCGGUACUGGACGUCGCUCAGUACAUUAUCAACGAGUAUAACCGAACAGGCAGCCUUCCUGAAGUAACUGGCAGUGGCUACGAUGACGAUGAGCGAGAAAAGGAGUUGCUUGGAUACACUCGUUCUCGUGGCAAGCCGACUGCUGUGGUGAAGAGUGCAGAGUUUGUCGAAGACUCUGGCGCUGAGGACGAGCACCGCGACAACGGACAGCAGAACCAAGAUGACAAGCUUGAGAUUACUAUUGAUCCUGCGUUGAUGGGAGAGCCGCCGCUCUCCCCACCGAGUGCCACCCCAAAACAGAAGAAGGCUACACAGAAGAAGCCACGGGCGAAGAAAUCAAAGAAGGUGUCUCUUAGUCAGGACCCCAUUGAGGACAGCGAGCCGAUUCUGCCGCCUAAUACGGUUGAUGAAGGCGAGGAGUCUAAUCUUGAUGAAGCACAACUUCGUAAAUCGAAGACACCAAGCAAAUUCAAGUCUGUUAACACCACACACGAAGAGAACGGCGUCGCUGCUUCUCAAGAAGAGCCUUAUUCAGACAGCAUUAUGGAUGAUAUGGAAGAUCUACCUGCCCGGAUUCUGGCCUAA